AUCAGACCUUUUUGAACCUGUCCCGUGUAAAACCGUUCAAAAUGUAUCGAGCCUGUCAGUCAAUGUUCUUUCACGUGAUCUGCCGACCACUUUGGAAUAUUUGCUCUUAGCUGUUUUAAUGGCCCCUUCACGCACGAAAACCUCAUGUAAAGUGGUGUUUCAAAUCUUCCAGAGUGACUGUCACACCCAGUAAAGAGUGGUUCAGAAUAAGCGAAUCAUUCACCAAUCACACACUUUAACUGUUGCAGCUGCCCGGAAAGCUAGUUUCAGACAACUGGCUAGCCGUAGCCAGGGGAAUAUCAGGGAAUAGUUGACUAGCUAAUGUAUUUAGCUACAGUAUUUACAAAAUUAGCAGGAUCCCAUUCAGAGCAUAAGCAGCAAGUGGAGGAACAUUUACCAGAAGUGGCAGAUUAGAAAUGGAAGGAGAUGACUGCAGUUUUCUUCCAGAUUCAUCGGAUGAUCACUCGCAAAGAGGAAGUGUUGCUUCUUCUGCAACACUUUCCCGUGCUCAAGAUGUGCUUAUAUACAUGUUUGGUGACAGUGCAGUGCACUUAUCAGUAGAAGGGCUUGGCAGUAUCACUGUGCAGGAGUUGGGCCGCAGUGUUCGUGAGGCUCUCCAUAUUCCUGAGUCUUCACAGGAGGCUUUUGCCUUCUGGCUUUGUUCUCCACUGCUCGAUUUGCAGUUAAAAGCAAGGCAUCAACCAUACAAACUGUGCCGGCAGUGGCAGGACUUGCUGUAUCGCUUCACUGAGGCUUCAGAGGAAGACAUUUCACAAGAUGAACCAUAUCUCCAGUUCCGUCGGAACGUGUUUUAUCCUAAAUCUAAAGAGCUGCAGAUAGAUGACGAGGGAGUGUUGAGGCUUCUGUAUGAGGAGGCCAGGAACAACAUUCUCACGGGUCGAUACCCCUGCGAUCCCGAGCACUGGACGGGUCUUGGAGCCUUGUCUCUUGCUCUUGAUGAGGGAACUGGUCUUGACGACCAAAAAUGUACUACUACUAUCAGAGAGAAGAAGCUGUCUUCGUUUCUGCCUGCACAUGUUGCCAUGGGGAGUGGAGGUUUGCUCUCCACUCUGAGAGGGAAGUCGAGCCGUCAGACAGGACUGGAACAGAACCUCUUGGAGGCGUACAGAAAGAUCAGCGCAUCUGCUGGAAACUCUCCUGAGCCCACACAGCUCCUACACCAGUACCUCAACACAUGUCACACUCUGCCUUAUUAUGGGUGCGCUUUUUUCCUUGGAGAGAUUGACAAACCAGCGCAAGGGCUUCUCCAAAGGGGAAAACGCAAAGCUGUCAACGUUGGGAUCUGCCUGGAGGGAGUUUAUGUGAUGGAUGUCAAAGAGAAGCACGUGCUGCUUGGUCUGCGUUUCAGUGAGCUCUCCUGGGACCACAGCUACCCUGAGGAGGAGGGGGACUCACACAUUCUGUGGCUGGAGUUUGAUGGAGAGGAAGACGGCACUCCUGUCAACAAGUUGCUAAAGAUCUACUCAAAACAAGCAGAGCUAAUGAGCGGCUUCAUUGAGUUCUGUGUGGAGCUGAAGUCUGCGUCUGAGGGAGGAGCUGGAGCUGACAUGGACGGGGAGGUGAGUCUGUCUCAGCCUGCUGGGCAAGAUGGCAGCAACAAGAACGGACGCGGAGGGCGGCGCGGGAUGCUGCAGAGGCAAAGCAGUGUUGUGUGCAACCGGGUCCAUUCACUUAACACUAUCAGCUAUGUGGACAAUGGAAAAGAAAUCAAACGCUUGAAGCCGAAAAGAGCUGCAUCCUUUUUCACCCGACAGGUGUCUGCACCCACAUACUCUGCUGUGCAAGUGACCGAGAGUCUGGAGCAGGGUUAAACUCCGUGAUGAGCUCUGCCCCAAUGCCUCUCAAAGACCAAACCUGAACAUUUAUCACUGAGAUUAAAAGAAAAGACAUUUAACUGAUAAUAUAUGAACAUGCAAAGGACCAAGCGAGGGAUCUAAGUGAGUGACAAUAUUUAUCUUUUGAAGUUGUGUACAUUAAGAGAGUACAGUAAUGUGAAAAACUAAAUGAUCUAUUAACAGCAAUGCUUUCAAGGUUCAACUGAAGUGGCUAUACAUUAGAUGGCCGUACAUAAAGAAAGUAGUUCUUCUCUGAGCACCAUAUAAUGGACCUGUCUGAGUCUGAGACAAGCCUUAGAGAAAUCCUCAAACAGUGACUCCAAUCGAUGACUGUAUGAUAUCUCGUGACCUUUUUGACCUUUCUGCAGCGCUCAGGAGCUGUGUUUACUGCAAUUGUUAAAAAAUGUUAAACCUCAUUAGAGUAUAACCACUGCAUUACCUCUUUUUACUUUAACCCUUAUUGCAUCGUAAUAUAUCCCGAUAUAACAUUUUCUAACUCCUCCUCAAAACUGAAAGAGUUAUCGCAAACUCUUUACAGUCAGCAUGACAAACAUUUCAGGGGACGAUCUAAGGGCGUGUUGCCACUAUUCUGCUUUUUCAAACUGCCAGUGCCUUGUUCUCAUGAAAGGGUGAAGACACUGUAGAAACAUUUAGUGGUUACUGAUCAUAAAGAGUCCGUAUGGGAGCACAUUUUCUGUGUUGUGGAAGUUUCUUGUAAGUACAUGUUUUCAAGAGUUUGACAUGAUUAAUAUUUGCUGAUAUUUGCAGCUGUUUUUUGUGGAUAGAGAGCGCAGUUGGCAUAUCCCACUUUUUUAUUUGUAAAAUAAAAUGUGAAUGUAGUCUAAACAUGAAAAAUAACAGGAUAAAAUGUUUUACAGCAUCCAGUUGUAGAAGCUAAAAUUACACACAGUAUCAAGUCCUCGUUGGGGAGCCUGAAUUGGUUUGCACCAAUAAAAGAAUCAAAUUUGAGUCAAAAGAAUACAGUAAGUUAGUAAAAAGAAGUCAAAAUGUAUCUAAUAAAAGCAUCCUAGGCAAUGAAUGCACCACACCGCGCUGUUAUUCCUGAAUGGUCUCCAUUUAUUGAUGAGUUAGCAUGUUGUAUUCGUUGUUUAACUUCCAAAUCGACACCAUCGGUACAAAUGACAUCCAUGCAAAGGUCUUGACUUGACUAUUACUUGCUUUGUCAGACCUGAUUAGCAAAGUAAAACUGAUGCAAUACCACGAGAGAGACUAAAAUAAAGAAAACUUCCUGUUUAGCCGUUAUCAGCACUAAUUUAACCUACUCUCAUAAACAACUCUGACAAAUUCAAACUGCUACCUGCUGCCUAACUUCUGUUAGCCAUAUGAAAGGAUUGUUUUUGCAAACAAAGUCAUGGUUGACAUUAUUUGAAAGAAGAAGGAGAAUACUAUCUUUGUAUAAAAGUGUCGUCGAAGCCGGUUUUCAGCCUUGUGACAAUGCAUUUUUGAAUACUCUGUUUAAUGAGUUUAUUAAUGGGUUAUUUAGUUUAAAAAUAAGAAUUCUCAACCCAUAAAGGAACACUAAAUGCUUCAGUGUAUCUGAAAACCAAGAAAUUCUGAGAAACAUGGUUUUCACUGGACAGCGACUAUAUGCUCUGUGCAUAUGGCGCAGACCAACUGACCAAGACCUUUUGACUAUGCUGUUGAAGUCUCAGUCUGUACACCAAAGCAAGCCUAUCUAACAUGCUGCAACACAGUAUGCUACCUUAACGCUCCAGAGUCAGACUCCAGUCUCCACCACGUGGCAGAGUCCUCCAGGUGUCUCUCUGAACUUCACCCUAAUGCUGACACAGGCACUUCCUGUCUUUGCUGUACAUUUGACAAACAAGCUCACCUCACUAAUGGCCAUGAGAGAAGGUAUACAUCUUUAUGAUACUGCCUUCCACUUGAACGUAUGUCCUGAUUUGAGAUGUGUCGGCAUCUUGUAUUCUUCCUGAUUCUCCUGAGCAUGCAAACUGCAGAAUGUUUUUACUUUUCUAUGCGUUGACUUAUUAUAUGUCAGCUGCUGUCUGUAACCUAACUGCAGAAGUCCAAUAUAUUGUUGCUAACUUACACUAUGCAUGUCACAUUGUAGAAUAGGCAUUCCGACAGACUACACAUCAUGUGAUACUGCACUAUUAAUACUAAUACACUGUUUAUAAAUCUUUUACAUCCGCAGAUGUUUUUGUAUUGUUUGUUAGCUUUCAUGAGAGAAUAUUUUUACUUUCAUUUUCAUAUACUUGUCAGUGUUGUACACAAGAAUGAAAUGAAGAAAUAGGUCAUUUUAAGCAUUAUCUUCUCAAACAAUCACUUUGCAGAAGCAUUAAGUGCCUUUUUGUUUGUGUGAGUUGACAUCUGAAUGACUGUUGUGGUGCUUGGAAACCAGGAAUGGACAUUUUUUGUUAUUGCUAUAGUUUAGAAAUUGAAUUGUGUUUUGUAAUAUAUUUCCCCACAUUUUUGACUAGACAAUGCAUUUCUCCUUUCCUAGCUGAUGUGAGUAUAUUGAUAUACUGGAUAACUACACUGGCCUGCUGUUGAACAGUGUGUUGUGGUUCCUCUCAGUGGGGUGGUCUGUUCUGCCUUCAUUACAAUACGUCUGAUAUGCUUUUUUAAUAAACACAUGCAAAGUGG